AUGGGUCGCCCACGUCUCUACCAUACCCCAGAGGAGCAAAAGAAAGCUCACAAACGUAAACAUCGGAAUUAUUACAAGAGGCACCGGGAAACCAUUCUCGAGCGCAGCCGAAAUCAAUAUGCAGAGAGAGUAUCUCGUACACAUGCUCCUUUUGAGGCCGCCACACCAGACAACAAUGACCAAUCUGUAGAUGAUGUGGCCACAGUGUGCCUCUUGCAGCUAACAGAAAUCAAAGAUCACUUCACUACGCUUGUCGGCACUGACAACACAGAGUUCAUGUUGUUGAUCUGCCAAUCAAGUCUGGCAGAGGAGUCGCUCCACCCAAUCGAAUCUGUUACCGCGCAACUGGAGGAGAUCAUUGACCCAGCGGAUGGUCUCGUAGAGGUCCUUUUGGAGCUUGAGCUUGCCGGGCGCCAACCAGACUUACACGAACCAACUACCAAAGGACCAAUGGCACGCAAAGCCAAGCCAUCCCACUCAACGAGAGUUCUUAGCGACGAUGAGAUUGCUUUUUUGAAAACAUGGGCUCCCGAGUAUAAAAAAGCAAAUGCGGCCAAAGGCGAGGAGCUUCAGGGCUUUCUUGCCCGAUUUUGGAUGGUUUGGUUCGACCGUUGGCCGCUCGCCAAUGACAUUGAGGACAAGGACUUGCGAGAUGAUAAGAUAUAUCUGGAAUGGCGCAAGGGAAAAUACCAAGCUAGGGUCCUCAAGGAGCUGAAGUGGUUGUCCUGGAGUUUGAAGCGUCGCUGA